CUUCCGGGGCGCUGCGGUACCGGCGGCGGAGCACGCACCGGCUGCAGGGACCGGCCGGGCCGUGGCCGGAACGGCGCCAUGGCGGCGGACUCGGAGGUGCUGCACUUCCAGUUCGAGCAGCAAGGGGAUGCCGUGCUGCAGAAGAUGAACCUCCUGCGGCAGCAGAACCUCUUCUGCGACGUCUCCAUUUACAUCAACGACACGGAGUUCCAGGGGCACAAGGUGAUCUUCGCCGCCUGCUCCACCUUCAUGAGGGAUCAGUUCCUGCUCAAUCAGUCCAGGCAGGUGCGGAUCACCAUCCUGCAGAGCGCCGAGGUGGGCAGAAAGCUGCUGCUGUCUUGUUACACGGGGGCUCUGGAAGUCAAAAAGAAGGAGCUGCUGAAGUACCUCACCGCCGCGAGUUAUCUCCAGAUGGUUCACAUUGUGGAGAAGUGUACGGAAGCUUUGUCGAAAUACUUGGAAAUCGACGCUUCCAUGGAGAACAGUAAUCAGGCUGCGGAGAGGUGUCAUUCCUCAGACGCCAAACUGAGAAACGGGGAUGAGGUUUUAGAUAAAGAUUGUGAGAUCAUUGAGAUCUCGGAAGACAGCCCAGUGAAUGUAGAAUACCCUGUGAAACAGGAGAACGGGGACACCUCGCGGCCUGCAGUGCAGAGCUUGAUCUUGGAAAGAAAGGACACAAAAACCCCAGAAAUAUCAACAGUUGAAAUCGGAUAUAAGGAUGACGAAAUCUGUAUCUUCAGAAUGGAUUCUAUGAGUGUGGCGAAUGUAGAAAAUGACCAUUAUCCUCAGCCUUGCACUUCCUCUAAAACAAAUUUAUACUUUCCAGAAACCCAGCACUCCUUGAUAAAUUCUACAGUUGAAAGCAGAAACACAGAAAUGUCAGGAAACCACUUUCAGACUUUUGUCAGUGACAAUCCAGAAGGAACUUCUAGUCUGGUGAAUGGGUUUCAGAACCUGGAUGAUUCUGGCAAUUCAUGGCGGCACCAGUGUCCCAAGUGUCCGAGGGGAUUUCUACAUCUGGAGAACUACCUUAGACAUCUAAAAAUGCACAAACUCUUCUUGUGUUUGCAGUGUGGCAAAACAUUUACGCAAAAAAAGAAUCUCAACAGACACAUUCGGGGGCACAUGGGUAUCCGCCCCUUCCAGUGCAUGGUGUGCUUGAAGACCUUCACUGCCAAAAGUACGCUUCAGGAUCACCUGAACAUACACAGCGGUGACAGGCCCUACAAGUGUCACUGCUGCGACAUGGACUUUAAACACAAAUCUGCUCUUAAAAAGCAUUUAACUUCUGUUCAUGGCAGGAAUAGCAGUGACAAAACAAACCUGAACGCUAUUACAAAAGUUAAAAUAGACUAUGAUUAACAGGUGGGUGGAUGUGGAGCCAGGCUCCACAGAAAGCUCCUGGCUAGUGAAAUUCUAGACGAAAUUCUAGAUACAGAUCCCCAUGUAAUGGAGAGAAGCACAAGUACGCGGCUGGUGAUCAGAGACAGGCCUCGAGCAGCAAACUUGCCUGCUGCGUUAAUGUUGCUAUUGCUGUAAGAACAGAAAAGGUGUUUACUAGUUGAAAGUAAACUGCAAAACACCGGCAAUUAUUUCAUGCUUCUCUUCUAUUAUUCUGGACGCAUUCUGAUUGUCCCCCCCUGCCCCUCCGAUUACCUUUUACACUCCCCUGUUUGAAGGACAGACACUGCCGAUUUUCAAACUGUUACUGAUACUGCAAUAAGCUGAAGCCUGAGCCAUGACGUUCCUGAUCUAUAACGGCUAAGGGAAGGGAUGUUUGUAUUUAUUCAGUGAGCCAGUCAUUCCCACACAGUUCAUGUACCACUUACGGUGAAACCAUCUCCUUACGUGCCCAAACUUUGCUAGAUCUUUCAACAGAAAGAAGGCAUGUUUUCAUACUCAAGUCUGUGAUGUUUAAGAAAGAACACACAACAAACAAAAAAUAAUCAAGGAAGCUUUCAAAUUGCCUCUUGCAAAUAGAGAAUUGGUAAAAGAGAUAGAAACAAACAGUAUUGUCUUGCAGUUCAUUUUAAACUGAAUAGUCUCAUUAGAAGGACUUGCUUUCAGUUUUAUGAACGAGUUCUGAAUUCUUCUAAACUUCUUUCCUCCGAUCAUUUUUUUCUGUCAUACCAAUGUUUUGCACCUGUAUUUCACUAAUUCUGAUUAAGUUAGUCCUGUUUGUUGAGUUGUAACAUUUGCCUUAAUUUUUUACAAAUUUUAGAUACGUACAAUAAUGUGAAAAAUUAAGCCGUGUGCUGUUACAUAAUAGCAGUUUCUACGUUAAUUUGAAAACCAAUCCUUUCUGUCUUAUUAGGAGUGGCUUAAACAUAGAGGUCUCAUACUCUAAUUCUGUGAUACAGUAAAACAGUAAAUACGUGUGUUUGGAUAGGAGUGUUUGUGCAUUGUCAAAGGUCAUUUCAGUUUCAUCACAACCAUCGGAAGCCCUGUAACGCAGAAUCUUUAUCCCGUACCCGUCUUUGACUGGUAUAUGUCUUUUCCACUUAAUGUUAUAUGAAUAAAGAGUCAAAUCAGUUGUUAAUAUGAGAUAAUGUUACUUACAUUAGAUUCUCUUCCAUUAGCAAAAAGCAGUAGUUCUUAAUCUUGUCUGUAUCACCAGGAUACAAUUUCUUUCAAGUUUCAGAAGUGCUGCUAUGAAGUUCUUGCUCCGAGUCCAGAAGUCUAGCCCAUGUGCUCCAUAACCUGGCUGGCUUUAAAAUACAAGACAAUAGUUUUUAAUGUCAGUUAACGGGUUUCACAUAUGUUCCUUCCAUGUGUCUGUGAGUGCACCAGCCAUUGCUUGGGGUUUUAUUUAUCACCUACGUGAGGGGUUAGGUGUGUACAAUAUCUACCGUGCCGUUUCUUACUAUUAUCUGUAACAGGCAUGGUCUGCUGUGCCAGCCUUAUUACUGUCUUCAUUUCUUAGAAAUUUCAGUUGGAGAGUUUAUAAAAACUUGUUUCAUGAGUGUUUUUUUAAGCUCUUCAUCUGAUAUUAACAACACUGAAAGUACGUAUUAGUUGAUUGCAGCAAUAUUUGCAGGUCCCAGUUCACACUCGGCCUUGUGGUAGCCAGCACAUGUCUCCCUCAAAAACCCUGUAGUCAAAAUAGGCAAGUCGUGUGUUCUGAAGCUGAGCACACCACUAGCACUGCAUUCCUCCAAAAAUUCACAGAAAUGUCUGACUUUACAUAGACAGUUGACUUGUGAAGGGCUGCAUUAUAUUGGAUCUCUGGAAAGGCGUGCAUGCCAAGCCUGCAUACCAGGGUGUCCCUGUGAAUAAUGACAGGAAUGACACCCCCGGAGUAAGUAGCUCAUGUAACUGGGAGUUAAAGUCACCUGGUUUAUACAGUACUUUAAGGAUAAGGCCCAACCUUUCACCAUCUCUGCUGUUAUUUCAUUUGCAAUUUUAGUUGAUCAUUUGCUUUAUUUUGGUGAUUUUUAUAGUAAUUGUCACAGCAAUUACUGUAGUUAAAAGGUUUGGGAGUCAUUUGUGGUGCAGCCACCUGACAUUUUGCAAAAAAAUUGCAUUUUAUAGCACAGUCUUCUGUUUGCAUUCAGUAGUCUGUCACUAUUUGCAGCCUUUUUGACUUUGUGAUAAGUAUUGUUUGCUUGGUUUUCACAGAAUACCAUUAAUUUUUGGUUCCCAAUUGCAUAAAAAUUGUCUUGUUUUCAAAAGCAUGCUAAUACCUGCACUUGCCCUGACUCUAUGUACAGAUGUUAACUUGGGUAUACGUACAGGUUUGUGUGUAGCUUUUUCAUUUGUGUCUACAGACUUACUUAAAAUAAAUUCUUUCAUCGUUGGAAGAGGUCAUAAAACAAGGAAAAAGUUUACUUCCCUACCCCUAUCCUUUUUACAUUGGGCUGCUAUUACUGUAGUUCAGUAAAUAAAUGUAUUGUGUAUUUAUGGGACAGAUUUGGUUCAACUGUGCUUAAAUUUGUUCAGUUGAUAGGCAUUUUUAGCAGGUGUAUGAUUAUCAUUGGUAACACUUCAAAAGAUCGUUCCUUGGUUUUUGUUCGAUUGUUUUUUAUAGGUGUAUGCUGGGGUAUUUCCCUGCGUGUCAAGAGGGAAUGGGAGGCUGAUCUUUUGAAGUGCAUCUUCUGUGGGUGCAGGAUUGCAAGUUAUUUUGGUUUGCUCUUGUAUUGCAUGUAAACACGAGAGGGAGUUGUGUUGUGUGAUGGGCCAACAGCAUGUUCUCUUCAGUGGCUAGAGUGUCUUGGUAAGCUUUGUGAACAAAAACUGAUUUUGUGCACAUGUUCACAUUAAAAGUGUUUCCUCUCCCCUUUGCAUACAUGUAACCACUCAUCCUGUCAACACAAUAAAUUAAAUGCAAACAA